UGGAUUCGAGACCGAACCUCGCGGAGCAGCCGCGUGACCCCGCCCCGCCCCCGUAGCGACCGGCUGGCGCGACGGCCUCGGCGUCUCUAUGGCAACAGCCCCACUUCCGCGCAGUUGGGACCACCAUGGCUGCCGGGCAGCCCGGCGACCUGGGCGGCUAUUACUUCAGAUUCCUGCCCCAGAAAACUUUCCAGUCCCUGAGCUCCCGGGAGAGCACGGCCCGGCUGCGCCAGUGGUCCAUGCUGGGCAGAAUCCAAGCGCAGGCGUUCGGGUUCGACGAGACGUUCCGGGCUUAUCGGAAGGACGAGUUCAUCAUGGCUUUUUUCAAAGACCCAAAUGUUAUUCCCAAUUUGAAGUUACUUUCAGAUUCUUCUGGACAAUGGAUUACAUUAGGAACUGAAGUGAAAAAAAUUAAAGCUAUGAACGUUCCUUGCACACAGCUUUCAAUGUCAUUUUUUGAUCGGUUAUAUGAUGAAGAUAUUGUACGAGACAAUGGACAUAUUGUUAAAUGUUUAGAUUCUUUUUGUGAUCCCUUUCUGGUUUCUGAUGAGUUAAGAAAAGUUUUGCUAUUGGAAGACUCAGAAAAAUAUGAAAUAUUCAGCCAACCAGAUAGAGACGAGUUCCUGUUUUGUCUUUUCAAACAUCUUUGCCUUGGUGGAGCCCUUUGUCAAUAUGAAGAUGUGCUUAACCCAUAUCUGGAAACCACAAAGCUUAUCUAUAAGGAUCUACUGAGUGUUCGAAAGAAUCCUCAAACCAAGAAAAUACAAAUAACCUCUUCUGUCUUUAAAGUCACAGCAUAUGAUUCUAAUGGUGUGUGCUACCCUUCAACAAAGAAUCAUGAACAGACAUUUUCUUACUUUAUUGUGGAUCCUAUCAAGCGUCAUGUUCAUGUUUUAUACCACUGUUUUGGUGUGGGGGAAAUGUCGUAACAAUGUUCUUCCAGAUGAUCUAUAUUUAUUGUUUUUUAUUUAUCAUUUUUUAUCUUAAUAACAAAUAUUUACAAGUUAAUUUGAGUAAAAUGUAAAAAAAAAAACCUACUUGUAGCAGAAGCAAACAACAAGAUGACUUUCUUUAAAUUUGUCUGGAAUACUAAUGCAGGGACCAAAUUUCUUCCCUAACAUAAUUUCUACUAAUACAGUGUGUAAUUUUUACACAAAAUUACAAAGAACUAAAAACCUAGUCCAUAUUUGCUGCAUUAAGAUUCAACUAAGUCUUUAAUUUUCCAGGUAUUUUAUUUAGAAGUUAAUUAAUUCUGGAUUGAAAUUGUGGCAGGAAAUUUGACAUCUCUACCAAUCGUUAGUAUGAAUUAUUAGCUUUUCAAAUUUGAGUUUUAAUUCCAUUCCUUCAUUACAUAAAGAUUUACACAACCCAUAACACCAGUUUGCCUGCUUCCCGUGAGCAGCAAACUCUUGGGAGUUUGUGGGGCACACUGUCAGAUUGUUUCAUGAUUUUCCACAUACAUUAAGUUCACUGAGCAGGUAGAUGAGAGCACUCUGGGGCGCACACCAUGCCCCUCCAGUUCAUCCCAUUUCAGCCUUCAGACCCUCCAAAAGUAACUGUCUCUGAGUCCCACACUAAACAAACCCAAGUCUGAGUUUGAAUACUGGUCCCACUUACCUUUCCAUUUCAUCUGAGCAGAGCCUGCAUUUCAGUCCACUCUGGCGGAGCAGGGGAGAAACUGAAGGGAGAGCAAAGCAGGAGGAGAUGGAGAUGAAAAGAAAAAAAGAAAAAAAACGUUCAGGCCAGAAGAGAUGGAGGGAAGGGACAGAGGGCUGGAGGAAUGGGGCUGAUUGCCCCAUUCUACCUUCAGAGCAAAGCAGCAGAAAGGAGGAUACAGUCAAGAGAAACUUCUCUGGCUCCCCACUCACUAAGCACUCUGGGAUGCAAGGAGAAGGAGGAAAAUGGAGGAAGAGCAUGUUAAGAGAGAAAUGAACUUACUCCAGGCUUUGGAGCUGGAGAAGGUGGAUGAUUUAAGGUGGGUUCUGGACUUUAGCAGCUGUAUAGAAGCAAGGAUCAGCAGAGACUGACCAUGCUUUUGAAGAGACGACUGUGUGCUCAGACGCCCACUUUCACCUGCAGUGAGGGAUGGAGACCAGAGAAUUUUUCAAGCUCCCCAUCUACUCUGGCCAGUGUAGGCUUCCUCCCUGGGGUUGAAGAGGGAAGAAAGGCCUGGGACAACCAGGGAAUGGAUGCUUUGGGGUGCCGUCAUUCUGCAGCCAGAUUCUGAACCAAGGAAUAUUCCAUUCUCACUGACUUCCUCAACACAUCAGCAGCCUUGGGACUGCGCUGAGGCUGGAACUAGCCUAUAGGAAAGGGGGCCUGGACACUGGCAAAGAGAUCCUUUUUCGCUGCGAUCACAGCUCUUUUCACUAUUUCCUGAUGGCAUGACACCAUCAUGGAGACCACUUCAAUGCUGAACUUGGGACAAUAAAGAGGGACAGCACAGAAGUGUAUCUGUUUCAGCUGGUGGGAAGGGCAGCUAUGGAACUUGGAGAUGCCCCCUACUCUCCCGGACAGGCCAGCUGGUUAGGGAUGGGCGAGGUGAUUGAUCCUCAUGGGGCAAAGGGCCUGAUGGUGAUGGCAGCCAUGAGGACUUCCUUGACCUGCUGUGUCAGCACCUCUCUCCUCUCUGCGCAACUGUCCCCAACCCCCGACAUUGCUGUGUCUUAGGCCAGUUAUGGUAAACCCUUCCCACUUCCUCUUUCUCUGCCUACUUUUCCUUGGAUCUUGAGCAGUCAUCCCUGCCAAGUAGAUACUGGGGUGCCAUUCCCCCUAAGAAAACUGAGCCAGGAAUUGCAUACCCUGUCCCUGCCCCUCCCCAGGCCUGGCCCUGGUUCCUGAGAGGGGCCUCUACCCCCACCCGCUGCCACUCUGCUGUUUACUGGACUUUGGAUGGGCCUCUGCGCCUUACGUCAGCUGUUUGCUGUUAGCCAUAAGGUGGGGAAUUACAGCCCCGUCUGACUCCACUGGUCCCUUCAGGUUUCCAAAGUUCAUGCUGACUAAACCAAACCUGUGAAUCUCCAGUGCUUGCAGGCGGUGAUUCUGGUGAACUGGCCACUCUAGAGAACACUGGACCUUUAUGGCAGAUGGACCUAAUCCUCCCAAGAGGGAAGUCUGGCCUGAGUGGGGAGACCCUGAGGAGGGAAUCCCUGAGAAGAUGGAGUCCCUGCCCAGGGCAGGAUAUGGAGUGCGGCCAGCCAUGAAAUGCUCGUCAGGGCCCCUCUGACUGCAAGCUGCCUCUUAACCACUCUCUGCUCACCUAGAGGCCUUAAGCUCUGGGUUUUCUAUGGCUUCAUGUUUAAAUGUUGUUCCCUACCCCAGCAGAAGGUCUCGUCCCACCCCCUUUUGACUCAUGCCUCACUCCAGCAGUGGAGAUGAUGCUUCAUCUCCCAUUGCUGCCCAGUGACUGAGGGAGACCUAGCUGGGACUGACUCUGCUCCACCCAGAGCUGCCCUGCCCACCUGGGAAGAGCAAGGCGUCUGGGAAGGGAGAGACUCGAAAGUUUCUCAGACAGCCAGGCCUGGACAGCCAGGCCUGGAGACAUUCGACCCCGCACACCAGGGGAGGACUGGAAGCCGAGGAGGCCCCCCGUUGUCCCACCUCCUGCCCCCUCAUUUUCCCACCACCACUUCGGUGGUCUCCAGAGUGACCUGCAGGGUCAACAACCUCUGGAGAGGUGGUCCUUGCUCCAGGCUCUCCCACCACUGGGUCUGUUAGUGGCCACAGGCUACCACACAGCCACCAAGCCCUGCUCCAGGGCAGGCAGUGCUCCCCUCUCCAUCCACGCAGCCCUGGAGAAGGCUCCAGCUCAGACGGGAGCUUCGGAGAGGAGCAGGCCAAGGAAACAACCCUCUGGCUUCAGACACUACAUUUUUAGCUCCCAAGAGAAAAGAGGCUAAGUUUCGAGAAGUGGCAGGACGAGAGAAUGGGAUUUACCAGUCAACAGCCUGGGCAUUGUACUGUCUUUAUUUUUUAAACCACUAAAAUGCAAGACUUAUUUUGCAAUUUUCUCCACUUUUGUUUUUCUCUUAGGCUUUUGUUUCUUUUUUUUUUAACAUACUUUCUUCGUUUUCUAAUGGACUAUAUAGUUUGGCCAUUUCUGCAGACUGUGGCCUCCUCUCUUUAACUCUUUUGGAUGGGGAGAGGGAAGGUGAGGAGGGUCAGCCACCUGCACCCAUUCGCCCCCACUUUGUUCCCCAUCCACCAGCCGGAGCCCCGAUUCUUCCACCACCACCACCACACUGUAGCCCAUGCAGAGAGUUGUCAGACCAGAGUCCUUCAGAUUCCGAGUUGCCUACCUGUUUGUUUGUUUUUUUCUUAAGAGAGCAAUAACCACAGCAUGUACUGCUGGAGUCCUUGAGAGUUUUGCAUACAUACACACUGUAGCUCUAGUCUCUCCUUUUUUUUCAUUUUCAACUUCUUAAAAAAUAAAUGCCCCUAAUCAUUACUGGUGAAAAGGAUGAAAAAAAUGAACAACAAAACCGGUUUGUGGAAAAAAAAAAUAGAAGUGGAAAAAUCAACUGAAUGCGGAAGAGCCUGCCUCCUGUUAAGCAUUUUGUACCCAAGGGAAAAAAAAAAACAGCGACCCAGAAGAUCUCACGUUUAUAUUAAAACAGUGAAGAUUGCUGUGUACUAUUUAUUCAACUUAUGUUACUGCUUGGUCUUUGCCUUUUGUCAUGACAAGGCAUUUAUUUAAUAAAGUUACGCAUUCAGUUAAAGACAAU